GUAAACCAAAUCUUCACAUGAAAACAUGCCACCGAAAAAGAACAACGCAGACUUAUUACUGUUGAAACUAAAGAGACAGGCAUCAACUUACCUUGUGGAGUGCAAUGUCAAUGACACACUUGGAGAACUGAAACAAAAGUUGACCAAGAUGAUAAAUUCCACCAAUGGAAUCAAAGUAAAUGAUGAGCCUAUCAGCCUUGAUGUGCGAGACUCAAUAAUUAUGCAAGCAGACACGAAGCGUGUUCCUAUGCCCAAGAUUGGACUAAAUGAUAGUGACUCAGAUGCAGACGCCAAAGGAGACGAGGAUAUUGAUAUUGAUGAUGGCAAAUCGACUGCCACAGAAAAGAAUGAUGCUUCUAAUGUUCGGGUAUCAGUUGACGCUAUCAAGAUCGGAAAUUUUGAGAAUAGUAACGAUAUAUACGCUUCUAAAAUAACGGAGCAAAGCGAACCGGAUGAGACGAAGCUUAAAGGACUGGGCUUGCAAGAUUUUGUAGCUUUAGCUUUCAAGUUGGAAGGGGAAGAGUUCCGCAUUUACAAACCACAGUAUGAUUAAACGACUUAUAGGAUGUUUUUAUAUUUUUAACGUUUAGCAGAUUUUUGAAGAAAAAGAUUAGAAAAAGUAUCAAGCAGUAGAGAAAAAAAUUGGUUUAUUAGCUAUUUAAAAAAGUUGAUAUAAAUGACAUAAAAAACCAGGUUUAGUUAACUAAAGCAGAGGCAGUAGCAGAUUCGUAUUUCCAGGUUGGUGGUAAAACAGAAACGGUUCUGUAGUAUCUAGCCAAUCUGUGGAUUCUUGAUUCGAUUAAAAUUAAUCUGAACUUAGAGUCCUUAUCCUUUCUGUUUCUUUCCAAGUGCUUUCUAACAGCGACAGCCUUCUUGAUCA